UCCUACCACGGCUGGUAUGAUCCCACACGUCAACCUCGCCGGGGUAAACAUCACGGAUAUUUAACUAUGUAGUAUCCUCGAUGCUUGUUUGUCAAACCUUGAAGGCAGUCUGAUAAUUCUGAUUGCGAGGAUCAGUCCCAUGAGGCAGGGCAGGCUUGGCAGGAUGCAGCUACCCCUGACCCCUGAGAAGAGAACGGGUGCAUUGCGGUGUCAAAAGCCGUUGGGCGGCGCUGCGGUGGCACUCAGGGAACGAAGGCCCCCUAUUUGCUGGAGGAGCCCGGGGGUGUUCCUUCGACUGACACAGGAUGAGACAGGAUCCGGGAUGGCGGGGCUCAGCUUGCAAGCCUUAGCAUCCCUCCAGGGACCACCGAGCCGAGUCUCCAGGAUCCCCGGCAUACGGGAUCCGUCGCGGGGAUUGGACAAACAAAGUUGGGGGUGGGCGGGCCCAAAAACACAUGAUUCGAUUUGUGCGAUUUCAGGUAUAUUGUAACCUUGAACAGACCUGCCAAUCCGGGUCAGCAACGUGCCGGGCUGAGCCCAGUGUAACGGCUCCUUAAUGGCCGCUCUGUGCUCGGUAGCCCAAUCAAGGAGCUAGAUGCAGUGGAGCCGUGCCUGUCAACUUUUUCUACGUGCAGGGUCAUGCAAACAUGU